AUGCCGCUGACUCCAAACGAUGAUAUUGUGGAGAUCAGUCGACGCUGCAACUUUCUUCGCAUGGCGCUGGCUAAUGCAGAGGAUGCUUUUAAAACCAACCCUACUCUGAAGUACAUGUAUUUGUGUGAGGUCAGUGAGGAACGUCCAAACCCCACGUUCCUGUGCUUUAGUAAAGGCACAUAUGGGAGUCGUCUAGACCUGCACCGCGACUACCUCAGCCAGCGGGCAAUUCUUCCCAUUAUCCUCACCCUACCCUUGUGCCCAUGGCUCAAGCACAUCAAUCUUCGCGAGGAGCGUCUCACCACCACCCUCAUAGAGAUCUUGUGUGAGUCGCUUAAAAAUCUUCCGCGCAUCAGAACUAUAGACGUUUCAGGGAACCCGUUUGGCUCAUUUGGCCUGCAAGCGCUCUUGAAGCUUGUUCUUUGGAGACGUAGCAUUGUGGAUUGCUACGUGGGGAGCACACAAGGUGUGGGAUCCUUGCUGCGUCGGCUGCAGAUGGCGUGUGGAAGGAACUACCGAGACUUAGCUCAGAGGGAACAAGAGGAGACGGAAAAGGAAGAAGAAGAGGAAGAGGAGGAAGAAGAAAAAAUGGGGUUUGUAAUGGGGGUGGAGACAGAACAGGAAGGAGAGGCAUCUGAUGCUCUUCUCACUUGA